CGAAAAAAGAAAAAGAAAAGAAUGGAUCUAGAAUCGGUGAAAAGGUAUCUGGAAGGAGAUGAAGACGAGAAGGCAAAGGAAUCAAAAGUGGCGAAAUUACCACACAGAUUCCUCGAACGAUUCGUAACAAAUGGUCUCAAAGUGGAUCUCAUCGAACCUGGUCGCAUCGUCUGCUCCAUGAAAAUCCCUCCUCAUCUCCUGAACGCAGGGAAUUUCUUACACGGAGGAGCAACGGCGACACUGGUGGAUUUGAUAGGAUCAGCAGUGAUUUACACAGCCGGAGUUUCACAUUCCGGAGUUUCUGUCGAGAUCAAUGUUUCAUACCUUGAUGCUGCUUUUCUCGAUGAGGAGAUAGAGAUAGAAUCAAAGGCAUUGCGUGUUGGAAAAGCUGUAGCAGUAGUGAGUGUUGAGCUCAGGAAGAAGAAGACUGCUAAGAUCAUUGCUCAAGGUCGUCAUACUAAGUACUUUGCUCCUCGUUCCAACAUUUGAUUCAAACCUUCUUUUACUCGAUCAUGAUUUGGGUGAUUAGCAAUUUGUCCAAGCAUUUUCUUAUCAUUGCUAAUAAAACUACAUUACUAUUUGUUUUGUUCCCUUUCUAAUAAUACAAACAAAUUUACAUGACUCUUUUUCUUGGCUUAUCUGUUACUGUGAUUAUGAUGAUCAUUUCAAGAUAUCCAUCCAUUUGUUUAGUAAUGAACUAAUGAUCAAGUU